AGUCAUAUUUUGCUUUCACGUUUCCCUUACAGGUAAACCAGCCAAGCCAUGGCUAGCGGUGCAUCUACCGCUAAUUUAACCUUCAGCAUGAACCCCAUAACGUUCUUGGGCCAGAUCCAACAGAUGGGGGAUCCACGAACAAGAGACUACCCACUGGUCAUGAACCCCUUAUUCGUGUUCCCGUUAAUACUGUUCUAUUUGUACUUCGUCAAAGUGGCCGGCCCCAAGUGGAUGGAGAAGAGAGAACCGUUCCCUAUCGUGAACCUCAUCCGUUUUUACAACCUGGCAAUGGUCGUCCUCAACGCAAGGUUCGUGUAUCUUGUGCUCAUUUACACGUACCUUCCCGGAGGGCGCUACAACCUCUUCUGUCAGGGAAUAACAGGGUACAUGGAUGACGAGCUCAGAGCACACUACAAGACAGGUUGGUGGUACGUCGCAGUACGCUACGCCGACUUGUUGGACACCUUCUUCUUCGUCUUCCGCAAGAAGUUCACGCACAUCACCCAUCUGCACGUCAUCCAUCACACCAUCGUGGCGGUGAACGCCUGGUUCUGGGUUCUAUUUGCGCCAGAAGGACAACCGGCCCUCGGGCUCAUCAUCAACGCCUUCGUGCACACCAUCAUGUACGCCUACUACUUUCUGGCCACACUUGGCCCAAGUGUCAGACAGUACCUCUGGUGGAAGAGGUACCUGACAGUGUUGCAGAUUGUUCAGUUCGUGAUUUACAUGGUUCACAUGUCUAUUCCUUUGUUUGUAGACUGUGGCUUCCCGAGGUACCUCAUCCACAUUGGGAAUGCGCAGGCGUUCCUUGUCAUGUGUCUUUUCGUAAACUUCUAUUCUAAAUCCUACACAAGAAAACGUGGACCCUCUCCUGACAAGGCAGAAAUUGUAAACGGCGGUGCUGACAGCCGGAGGAUUCAAAAUGAAAAGCACGAUUAG